UCUUCAUGAUCUUCAGACCUUCCGCCCCCAAAUAUGCGAGCACACCCAUACUGCAUGCUACGGUACCAAAACUGCGACAAUGAUCAAAAGCGGAUACUCUUUAUUUGAGAGAGCCUCUAGGACUUUCCGCAAUCACCCUACGCUCUCUAAGCUUCUUCUUGUCUCCACUUUGUCUGUGAUCACCUGGAUUAAUCUAGUGGCAUCUUCGGAUGGCAGACCAUAUAAUGGGGACAAGCAUAUCCACAGUAGUAGUGAUGAAGGCAAGAAAAAGAAGGUGGUUGUGCUUGGAACUGGCUGCGCAGGAACCAGUUUUCUGAGGAAUUUGAGUAACCCCUCGUAUGAUGUUCAUGUGGUGUCCCCUCGGAAUUAUUUUGUCUUCUCUCCUUUAUUGCCUAUUCUUACUUGUGGCACAGUUGAAGCCCGCAGCAUUAUUGAUCCCAUUCGCACUAUUUUACUCAAGAAAAGCUAUGAUGUCCACUUCGAAGAAGCUAAUUGUUACAAGAUUGAUCCAGAGAAAAAGAAAGUCUAUUGUAAAUCUAGUAAGAACACAAAUGUGCGGGGUGAGAAGGAUGAAUUUGCUUUAGACUACGACUACCUGGUGAUAGCCAUGGGAGCUCGUGUAAACACAUUCAACACCCCCGGGGUUGUGGAGUACGCCCACUUCUUGAAGGAAGUAGAAGAUGCUCAGAGAAUCCGUAAAUCAGUGCUUGAUAGUUUUGAAAGGGCAAGCCUUCCUAGUCUAAGUGAAGAAGAGAGGAAGAGGAUUCUGCAUUUUGUAGUGGUCGGAGGUGGUCCUGCAGGUGUGGAGUUUGCUGCAGAGUUUCAUGACUUCUUCCACGAAGAUUUACUCAAGUUAUACCCUCACAUCAAAGACUACGUGAAAAUCACACUCAUCGAAGCAGCAGAUCAUAUUUUAAACACGUAUGACAACAAAAUUACUGCUUUUGCUGAAGAGAAGUUCCAAAGAGAUGGUAUUCACGUGAAAACAGGAUCAAUGGUUGUUCAAGUUACUGAUACAGAGAUCUCUGCUAAAGAAAGAAAAACUGGUGAAGUUUCAAAUACACCUUAUGGAAUGGUUGUCUGGGCAACUGGCAAUGGGACCCGCCCCGAAAUCAUGGCUUUCAUGAAGCAGAUUGGUCAGGCUAACAGGCAUGCUUUAGCUACUGAUGAAUGGCUGAGGGUGGGACGAUGUGAGAAUGUCUAUGCCUUGGGUGACUGUGCUACAGUGAAUCAACGCCAAGUCAUGGAAGAUAUUGCCUUCAUAUUCAAUAAGGCAGACAAGAAUAAAUCCGGUACUCUAAAUCUGAAGGACUUUCAAGAAAUUGUUGAUGACAUCCUGGAGAGGUACCCUCAAGUGAAGCUUCAUCUUAAGAGAAGAAAAAUGAGAAACUUUUCUGCCUUACUGAAGAAUUCUCAAGAGAGUGCCCAAAACCAGGCCAUUGAAAUUGAAAACUUUAAAUCAGCUCUUUCUGAAGUGGAUUCUCAGAUAAUAAAUCUUCCGGCAACAGCUCAGGUAGCAGGUCAACAAGGAGAAUAUCUUGCUGACUGUUUCAAUCGCAUGGAGGAAUGUGAAAAGUAUCCUGAAGGUCCUCUCAGGUUUAGGGGAUCUGGACGCCAUCAGUUUCAUCCCUUUAGGUACAAUAACUUAGGGAAAUUCGCCCCACUGGGAGGAAAACAAGUAGCAAUUCAAUCUCCUGGAGAUUGGGUCUGGAUUGGUCGUAGCACUCGGUGGAUCUGGUAUUCAGUAUAUACCAGCAAGCUAGCCAGUUGGAGGGCAAGGACUUCAGUGAUAUCUGACUGGGUAAAGCGAUUCAUAUUUGGAAGGGACUCGAGCCGAAUCCGAGACUAGAAGGGAGCAUAUGCUACAAUAGAACAUCUUUUCAAACAUAUAGUUCCUAUAAUAGAGACAGAUGAAUGCAUAUUUUGUUCAGAAUUUGUUUAGGUUCAAAGUUUCUUCUGCAUCUGUCAAUUUGGCUUUUGAGCUUAACAGUAUUUCAACGCGAGUUGUGCGUGCUCUAAGUUUUAUCAGUAUCAAUUCAAUUUCAAAACA